GAUUCAAAUAUAACGACUCUUUCACCAUUUCCCGCCAAUGCCAAAUCUGCAAAACAAACUGCCAAUCACUGCAUUUCUCUCUCUGCAUCACUCAAAAUCGCUUCUCGGACUCGCUUCAAUCAGCUCUGUGAUCAUUUCCUCUCCUCAACCAUUGUCUUAUAUUCAUCAUCAACAAGUUCCAAACAUCUGUGUUCUGAAUUGCUUCCCAGCAAGGCCACAACAUACCCAUGUAGUCCCCUAAUCAAAAUUUUCACAGAAAGUCGUCGGUUCGUACAAUCUCUUUUCCUCUUCAAGAAACUCCUCCUCUUGUCACAACCAGACCUCUUUGUGUUCCCUUCCCUCUUGAUGUCAUGUGCUUGUUUAUCCCAUCUGAAUGCUGGGUUGGGAAUUCAUAAUUACUUGAUAAAAUGCGGAUUUGGAAGUUGGGUUGGUAUUGGGAACAGUCUAAUUUCUAUGUAUGUGAAAUUUGGGAGGGUUGAAGAUGCAUACCAGGUGAGCGAAGAAAUGCCAAUGAGAGAUGAGGAUAUGUUUAAUUCUUUAGUUUGUAAAUUUGGAUCUAAAGGGUUCUAUGAGGAGGUUGUGGUGGCGUUUGAAAGAAUGCUUAAAUUGUGUAUUUUACCGCAUUUGGAUACUGUUUGUCAUGCAAUCAUGGCUUGUGGUGAGUUGAGGAGCAUGGGAAAAGGGUUGCUGGUUCAUGACUUCGUAGUUAAAAAUGGAUUUGAUAUGCAUAUUCCUGUUGCAAACUCUUUGAUUUCAAUGCACAUCAAGAUGGGCAGAUUAGAUUUAGGACGUCGGGUUUUUGAUGAAAUGCAUGAUAGAGAUGUAGUGUCUUGGAAUUCAUUGAUUACGGGGUAUGCACAAAAUGGAAAUUGGGUUGAUGCAUUUGAUAUUUUCUUAGCUAUGAAGAAAGAUGGAGAUUUGGUUCCAAACCAAGUUACAUUAUUAGGUUUGUUGUCAGCUUGUGGCCAGGCUGGGAAUCUUAGUCUAGGGAAGAAUAUCCAUGGCCACUUGAUUUGUACAGGACUUUUGUGCGACUUUCGUCUGGGAACUGCUACAGUUAAUAUGUAUGCGAAGUGCAACAGAGUUGAGUAUGCUCGAGCUAUAUUUGAAGAAGAUUUAUUGGAAAAGACAUUGGUUUUGUGGAAUUCGUUAAUUGCAGGAUAUUCCCAGAAUGGGUAUGAUCUUGAGGCAAUAAUUUUAUUUGAACGGAUGAUGGUGGAAUCGAAUGCAAGUCCUGAUUCAGUCACAUUUGCUAAUGUGAUUCCUUCUUAUUCAAGCCUAGCAAAUACUACAAUAAUUCAAUCAAUUCACGCACUUAUUGUGAAGAAAGGCCUUGACAUGGAUAGAGAUGUCGUUUUAGGUACAGCAAUGGUAGAUGCAUAUGGGAAGUGUUCAGAUAUAAAAUCUGCUGAAUCAUUGUUCACUUGCAUUCAGAGGCCCAACACUGCAACAUGGAAUACAAUGGUUGCAGCAUAUAAUCUACAGCACAGAUCUGACCAGGCCAUGCUUCUCUUCCUUGAAAUGCUUCGAUCCAAUGUGCUGCCUGAUUCUAUUACAAUGGUGAUGCUUUUUCAAUCGUGUGGUGAUUUGGGUUUGCUAAAAGAAGGGAGUAUGCACCAUGGCUAUUGUGUUUCUAAAGGUUUUUCUUCGUAUCUUAAUGUCGAAAAUGCCAUAAUUGAUAUGUACAUGAGAUGUGGGUGUGUGAAAAGUUCAGAGUUCCUUUUCAAUUUGAUGUCUCUUAAGAAUAUCGUCACAUGGAACACAAUCCUCUUUGGGUAUGUCAAAAAUGAACACUCUGCCAUGGCAGUGAUAGUUUUCCGCAAAAUGCAAUCUGAAAGCCAGUACAAACCAGAUUCAGUCACAAUGAUCUCUUUUGUUCAGGCCUCUGCGGCAGUUUUGGCUGGUCAUGGUGGUGAAAUUGCCCAUGCUUAUAUAAUAAAACUCGGGCUUGAUUUUGAAACACAAGUUAUGAACUCUUUGGUUGAUGCUUAUGCAAAGAAUGGCCUCAUCGAGAAUGCAAAGGUCUUGUUUAUGCAAAUGGGUAAGUUAAGAGAUCAAAGCUCCUGGAAUGUGAUGAUCACUGGAUGCGGAAUUAAUGGCCAAGGGAGAGAGGCAUGCGACUUACUCUCUAAGAUGGAAGAAGAUGGAUGCAGACCCGAUUCCAUCACAUUCACCUCUUUACUCUCGUCUUGCAGUCAUUCUGGAUUGAUUGAGGAAGGUUGCAGAUUCUUUCAUAUGAUGGUCACAGAAUAUAAAAUUCAGCCAGGUUUGGAGCAUUGGACUUGCAUUAUCGACAUGUUUGGACGCGCAGGGAGACUGGAAGAAGCAUAUCGAUUAAUCAAAACUGGACUCCAUCAGAAUUCCGACAGCAGUGAUUCUUUGGAUUUUGAUGCUGUUUGGGGUGCUCUUUUGAGUGCAUGUAGGAUGAAUAUGAACGUUGAACUUGGCGAGCUUGCUGGAGAAAAAUUAUCAACAUUGGCACCAGAUAAUAGUGGGUAUCAUAUGUUGUUGUCAAAUUUAUAUGCCUCGAUCAAGAGAUGGGAUGAAGCAGCAAAAGUGAGAAGAAUUUUUGAAGAUGGGAAGCUGUUGAAGAAGCCAGGUCUGAGCACUGUGAAAUUGUGAUGCUUUGAUAGAUAUCAUCCAAGCGCAUUCGGAAUACUCCAGCUAUUGAACUAGCAAUGUAGACAAUUCAGCAAAGUUCAAAAGGUUUCACCUUGCUUUCCUUCAAUCUGCAGCAAGCUGCCACAGAUCCAGUAAUAUUCAGUCAACCAUUAACUGAAAGCAAUCAACCACUUGAUUAAAGCAGGAGGCGUGGUUCUGAUUCACAGAAUCAGGACAUGUAAUUUGCUGAGUUCGAUCCGAGGUGUGUCAAGAAGAAAUUAUAUCAGGAUCAUCUGGGGGAACUAAUAAAUGUGAGGCAUGGCCUCAAGUAUGCACAAACCUGAUAUAGUUCUAAAAUGAGGUAUAUCAUAAUUUAAAAAUGUCUUUCAUUGCAAAAGGAUUUGGUUUAUGGACGUGACAUGGUUUUGCUAUAAAAUGGAAUAUCAGAGCUAGUUUACAACUUCACAUAUUAUUGAGAUAGGUGAGUUUGGAAUUUUGCUGACUGGUGUUUGAAUGCCUAACGAUCCCACUUUGUUCUUGAGAUUCACUCCAACUGCAUUAUGGUGUGUUCAUUUCAACGGCCUUAGCGUUGUAGAGCUUUCAUAGAAGAGAGUUAUGACCUUAAUGUAUACUUGUCUUCUUAAAAAUUUUAGUUAAUAGUCAUAAUUUUU